UACACCGAUACUGAUGUCUCUGAUAAAUGCGAACCAGUUUUAAUCAGUACACAAACGAUCCAGGUACAGUGUGUUACGUGACCUCACUGAUAAGUCCUCAUCUACUAGUUUUAUGGUUCCUAAUUCUGUUCCUAUUUAAUACUCGCCUAAAAAAUGAGAAAGUUUGCUAAAUAUUGGCGUGAUUCGGCAAGUUUACUGAUUCUCGCUAGAGAUGGCACUCACGCAGGGACUAAAAACAACUACAACUACAAGGUGUUGGUUUUCAAACGUACCGAGAAAACAUCGUUUAUGCCGAAUAGUAUAGUGUUCCCUGGGGGAGCGUUCGAUAAACAAGACGAAACACCUCAUUGGAAUGGGUUCUUCAAAAAACAUGGCAUUUCCGAUGACCUGUUGAAAAACGUGACAAAUAUCGCUGGCCCAAGACCGUUUAUUUUCGAAAAUGACAGUGGAGAUGCUUUGGACAGAAAUUUGUCCUUACGCCUAACUGCCUUGCGAGAAUCCUUCGAAGAGCUCGGAGUGUUUCUAGGGCAUUCUGGUCAAGAGAACUCUAAACCUAGCGCAAAUGGUUACAGCAAGGCUGUAAAAAACUUUGACAUUAUUUCCUGGCAAAAAUGGGUUCACGAUAACGAGAAACCAUUUAUGGAGCUUUGUGAAAGCACAAGCAUUGUGCCGGAUGUGUUCAACAUGUACGAAUGGUCUGUUUGGUUGACACCGACCAUGUUUCGCAAACGAAGAUUCGAAACUGUCUUUUAUCUAGUAGCACUGGAAGAGGAAACGGAAGUUGUUCCUGAGGCCCAUGAAGUUCAAGAGCAUUUUUGGGAUACCCCCCAAGGACUUCUACAAGCGCACAGAGAAGAGAAAAUAUGGCUUGCUCCGCCGCAGUGCUACGAAAUGACUCGACUGAGCCAUAUCUAUGACAUCGAUGAAAUCGUAAGCUUUGCCAAAGCCAGAAACAACCUAGGAAGUCCACUCUUUUGCCCGGUGCAGCUUCAAUGCUCGGAUGCGGCAGUGUUCUUGCUGCCGGGCGAUGAUCUCUACCCUCAAGACUACGACUACAUUACCCCGCACAAGGAGGAGCUGGAUAAGUUCAAAAAUCUAACAGCCGAGCAACUUCGGUCCCAAAAUCAAAACUUGCAUCGAACGGAACAUACUGGGUUGCAUGCGCAACGAUAUUUCCAAACGGUAACUCCUUUCAAUGGGCAUUUGAGUUUGCACGGGGAUAACAAGCAUUUAGCAAAACUGUAAUCUUCAGUAUGUUGAAAACAACAACGAUGGGCAUUACAAACUGUCGACGUGGAUAACCAAUUUUAGAAGCAAUAAGAUUCAAAGAUGAUUUAUUUCUCGGUGUUUUGUUUACCUUUGUAGAAAAUAUAUACAUAAACCUUUUAUAA